GAAUCAGUUCACGUUGUGUAUUAGGCCAAUUCAGUCAUCGCGUUGCAAAUCAUGAUAACAGACGUGCUGUGUGCGAUUUGCAGCUGGAUUGUGUCAUCCAAUUUGGUGGUACUGAUUUGUUUGGCUCUAGUGCUAGCAUAUCGUUUCGGAUCCCAUAAUCAUGAUUUCUUCACAAGUAAAGGAAUACCUGGUCCGAGACCACUUCCGUUUGUGGGAAACACGUGGCAGUGGCUGCUGGGAAAAGUAUCGUUCUUUGAUGUAUUUCAAGAGUUGUACCAGUCGUUCAAAGAACACAAACUGUUCGGGCUGUUUGACUUCAUGGGGCCAGUCUAUGUGUUGCGAGAUUUUGAUUUGGUGAAACAGGUUUGCAUCAAGGACUUUGACAGCUUUACUGAUAGACGGUUUCAGUUCAACGAGGAGUCGGAUCCACUGUUUUCUAACGCUUUGUUUGCAAUUAAGGGGACACGAUGGCGGAAUAUGAGAGCGAUCCUUAGUCCGGCUUUUACGGGUAGUAAAAUGAGAGGAAUGUUCCAGUUUAUCACUGAUUAUUGUCAAAAAGCGAAUGACACCGUUAAAGAGAUCGUAGGUUCAACUGGAGCCAAAGAAGUCGAUAUUCGUGAUAUUUUCAACAAAUACUCCAACGACAUAAUUGCAAGCUGUGCGUUUGGUUGGGAAAUGAACGUCCUUAAGGAUGGCGAAAACGAGUUUUACCGCCAGGCUAAACAUAUGACACAUUUGAAUACAUGGCAAUGGGUAAAGUUUAUGAUGUUCAGUUCGUUUCCGCGACUAGCAAAAAUCCUACGAAUUCGACUGUUUGACCAAAUGACUACGGAUUUCAUGAGAGAAGCAGUUCGUAUCGUAAUUGAACAGCGUGAGAAGAACAAUGUUGUGAGACCAGAUUUGAUUCAUCUGCUGAUGCAAGCUCGUGACCAGAAGCUGAAAUUUGGUGAUUUUGAUCGAGAAUCUGAGGUGAAUACUGUCGAGGAAGUCAGUUACACACCAAAUUGGACCCACGACGACUUCGUAUCACAAUGUGCCGUAUUUGUAUUUGGUGGCCUUGACACCGUGACAAAUAUUGCCUCUUUCAUGGCCCAUGAAUUGGCCAUUAAUCAGCACGUCCAGGUCAAAUUACGCGAAGAAAUCGAGUCCAUAUUGAACGAUAGAGAUGGACAAUCAGUCACUUAUGAAGACAUUCACUCCAUGGUGUACUUAGACCAAGUUCUUACAGAAACUCUUCGCAAAUGGCCCCAGGCGAUUUUCAUCGAUCGCGUCUGUACAAAACCGUAUGAUCUGAACGUUGAUGGUCGAGUGAUUUCGCUGAAGCAAGGUGACACAAUUUGGAUCCCGGCUCUUCCUAUGCACCGAGAUCCUCGCUACUUCUCAGAUCCGGAAGUUUUCGAUCCAGAUAGAUUUGCUCCAGAUCGGCGCGAUGACCUGGGGGAUUUUGUCCUUAUGGCUUUUGGGAUUGGCCCUCGGCUAUGCUUGGGUAAUCGAUUUGCUUUGAUGGAGAUCAAAACCAUGUUUUUCUGGCUUCUAACAAAGUUCGAGUUAACACGAUCUGACAAGACUCAACAUCCACCAAAGCUGGGUAAAAGUCUUAUGAUUCCGGAAGUAAAAGAUGGAUACUGGCUGAACCUUAAAUUGAGGAAAUAAACGGUAAAACGUAAAAAAUCGCCAAUAGUCCCUUUUCAGCUAAGUUGUUCGACAUCGACUUUUGCAACUUUUCAGCUUUCACACGGCAAAAGAACCAAUCUCAGUCAAUGAUGCCAAUUUAUAUGGUUUGCAACAGCAGUCCUCUUCCAGAAGAAAUUCUAGAAUGCUUCGUAAAGCAUGAACAGAGUUCUUGGAACUUUUCAAUUCGGCUCGGGAUAUUUUUUUUCUAUUUGAAUCUUUUUUUGAAUGGAUCCUCCCAGCAUCAGUCAAAGCCAUUCACCCGAAGGAUGCAUUAUUUUAUGCGAAAGGAAAAAGAUAUCAAGAUUUCAGAACUGAUGACGAGCAGAGGACUCAUUCUAAUUGCACUGAAAUUCGAUCGGUUUGCAUUCGGUAGUCGUGUUUGAUUUUCUUGCAUCCUCACACAGGUGUGCAGUUGGAAUGUUUAAGCUGGAGAGUGGCUUUUGAAUUUUAAGUUUUUUUAGUUUGAAUUUUCUACUCAUUGAAUAAAAUUAAAAAUUAGUGAGUGUUCAAGCUGGAGAGUGGCUUUUGGAUUUGUAGUUUUUUUUUUUCAGUUUGAGUUUUCUGCUCAUAGAGUCAAAUUGAAAAUUAGUGGAACACAAUAUCAUACAUCUUCAUCUAUUUGUUGAUCGAUGUCAUUGAUUUUCACAACUUUUUUUGAAGACGGCAUCUGAUUACAUGACGAGCUCUACAAUCUAUCAUGAGAACGCCUUGAAUGAUUUUUUUUUUCAAAGGAAUCAGGACGAUUUUGUUAUUUGAUAUUUUAUUGGGAACCCUUCGAAGAAAAAAUGUUAUAUUCAUUCAUAAAAAUAGAAAAGAGACAUGAGAAUAAAUUUGAAAAAAUAUCGUGGAAAAUGUGCAGCUAUACAUCUGUAAAAAAUGGAACGAUUUCUGGAAUUAACUGAUUGUAAAACUACCUAUAUAAAAUAGUAUUCAUAGAAUUUCGAAUUAAAAAUACCCCUUUACUUUUAAUUUUAACAGAAGUCAUGUAGGAAUCAUUAUUUCCAGUGGUUUGAUGCGUGCAAUAUUCAUCAUCUCCAACCCUUACCCUUAAGAAUUUUUGUGACAAGGCCACGAAAUUGCUUUCGGUUUCCUGGAGUUCAAACCACCAGUUCAAGUUUAUGCGUACAAUAAAACUUUAUAGCUACAAUCUUAGCACAACCCUU